GGAACCCGACCUACUCACAGUCUGACAGUCAGCAAAGACAACAAGUACUUAUCUUUCUCCGUUUCUCGAAUCUCGUGAUCUGAUAUCCGGUAUCUCCUGUUUUCGGAUUUCCCAGUUUUUCUGAGAUAGUCCCCUAGCAUCGUCAGCCAUGUUUGUGGCACGGACCCGUGACAUCAACGUAGUGGGCGACGGAAACGUCCUGCUGUUUGGCAGCGUGGUGGACGUGGCGGACAACGGACUGUACAUUGAUCUGCUGUGCCGAGAUCGUCGACGCGAACUCAUCCCGUUCAACAGGAUCUUCCAGUCCAGACCCUUGAAAUUCGAGGAAUGGGGAUAUGCUGACGGCGUGAGGGGACUGAUACCCAUCGAAGUGCUUCGCCGUGAACAUCCCGGUGGGGCGUGGCGCUGGUGGCCCGGGACCAUGCUGAAUCCGGCGCGGAGCCCCUCGUUUUCGUCGGGGUACUGCACAGUGGCUGUCGUCCAGGGGCGGGAGGACAGCGGCGCUACCUGGACGGAUUUUGUACCCACGCACCGCCUUCGUUAUCCUGUGUCAGCCAAAUGGUUGACGGAUCCGUUUGAGCAGCAGUCUACGUUAUCGGAUUCGGCGCACAGGGUGACACGUCUCUCUCCUAUUAGACUGGGACGCUUCGUCAAGCGCAGUGUGCCGUUGCCGGCUGGGUGUCGUGCGACGCUGGCAUCAAAACUCCUGAAAAUGUUCAGGACGAUGCAGGCUAAUGAGCGACGGGUCUCCAAACAUCUGGUCAGCAUGGAUGUCACGGAUGAACAGUUGCAUUUCAUUGUGGACCUGCAUGGUGACGUUGGGUUUCCGCUGCGGCAAGACGAAAACAAGGCUCAGAAAAUUGUUUUGGCUUUGCUCGCGGCCAUGAUGGAUCGUCUUCCGAGAAUCUUGCGUGCAGUGGAGGCUCCUGAUGAUUCCUUGCAUAUCUGCAGGACGGGGGAUGAAUCCUGCGCCCUGGGUAUCGAUGAGUGGGAGGAAGUGUUCGCCCAUCUGGACACGCUGACACAGACAAAACUCCGUGGGGUGUGCCCGGCAUGGAACGGUGUACUGGAGUUGCCUACCUUGACAACCAACGUUAUUAUCGAAACGGACGCUGCCAGUCGAGACUUGCCCGACCUGGAAUACAUUCUCACGGCGCCCCUCUUUAACUGCCUGCGUCCCUCCACCAAACGGGUUAUCAUUCACGAUCGAGGCCAGUGCAUCGAGAAGGGACGUUUGUUGAUGGUGUUAGAUUUUCUGCACUAUCUGGCGCGAGUCCGCCCUGGGAUCUCCCUGACGGCGCUGUAUCUGGUUGGCGUAACGAAGUUUUCGGAAUCCGUCCGCAUUACCGGUUCUGUCUGCAAGGUGCACCGGUUCGACUGGAGUGUCUCGGGGGUGCCGCCUCGGUUCCCGCGCCAUCUCCAUACUUUGAUCGCAGCGUGUCGCGGUUUGCCGUGUGCUGUCAUCCAUCUGGUGCGGUGCCGCAUGGGCCUAGACUACGAUCUGAACGAAGUGCUGCGGAGUUGGGGCGAUCGUCGGUCGUAUGUGCAGCUGUGCGUUGACUGGGUCAAGACGCGUCUGCCGCUGAACGGGGAUGUGGCGUCCACGGUGUGGGAUGCGGUGGAGGCGGCGCUGCCGGUGCCAGGCGACGCCGAGAAGCGAUCGCUGUCGGAGUGGUUGACAAAGGUCGCUGCGGAUGGGGACCAGGAGCUGGGUCGCAGGGCAGUCUGUAGACUGUUAUGCGCGAUACACACCGCGGAUCCGCGUCCGUCAUCGCAUUACCGCGGGAAGAAAUGGUGCACGGAUGGACUGCAGGAUCUGCGCUUGGAGAAACUGUCCCUCAUUGCGCUGCACUUUCUUCUGACUCUGCGCAGCAAUCAUUCUGGAUGGCAUUCUGGAUCCAGUGGAUGCUCUGCGUGGUGGGGUUUAUUACGUUUACAGAUAUAAUAAUAGCUGGUUUUGGCUGUGGCGAUUAUCUUGUACUGUAGUUGCUAGUAUUUAAUCAAUGUCUUGCAGUAAAAAUUUUUUAAUAGUGUUUGUCUCAUGGGCGAAUCAGGUAAUUGCAGCCCACUUGUGUUUUGACAGUUGUUUCGCUAACGCGUCAGUGUGGCUGCGUUGCAUAAGAAAUUAAACGUCAC